AUGGCAGCAGCUCGUAUUCAGCGAUGGGCUUUGACAUUGUCUGGAUUUGAUUAUACCAUCGAGUAUGUCAAGGGGUCAGAAAAUUUUACAGACAAUAUUUCGCGUAUACCUCAAGAUUUGCUUCCUUCUGUAGAUACAGAGGAAAAUAAUUUUAAGGUAAUUGCAAAAGAGACUGCUCGCGACCCCUGUUUAGCGAAAGUAAAAGCCGCUAUUGAAACUGGGAAGUUACAUUUGUUAAAAGACAAAAUAUUUUCGCCUUUUCAAACUAAAAAUUUAGAGCUUUCGAUUGAGUGCGGAUGUAUAUUAUGGGGUUUUAGAAGUGUAAUACCUUAUACUUUGAAAAACCGUGUUUUAAAAGAGUUACAUGCAUCUCAUUUAGGCAUUGUAAAGACAAAAGCUUUGGCUAGGUCGUAUGUUUGGUGGCCUAAUAUAGAUAAGGAUAUAGUAAAUCUUAUAGAUAGAUGUAUUCCAUGUAAAAAGGUUCAGCCUAGUCCAAAGAAAAGCCCACUAAUUCCGUGGGAAAUGCCUAGCUCAGUAUGGUCGCGCAUUCACAUUGAUUUUGCCGGGCCAGUCAAGAAUGUUUACUUUUUAGUCGUAGUUGAUGCAUACUCCAAAUGGGUAGAAAUUUUUAAAACAAAGCAGAUAACAGCGGCAUUCACGGUGGAGAAAUUAGAAGAGCUAUUUUGUAGGUAUGGUUUAGUGGAUGCCAUAGUAAGUGAUAAUGGAACCCAAUUUACAGCAUGGGAAUUCCAACAAUUUUUAAAGGAUAAUGGCAUCAAACAGAUUCUUACACCUCCAGGGUUUCCAGCUACAAAUGGGCAAGCCGAAAAUUUUGUUAAAACUUUUAAAAAAUCUCUUGAAGCAAGUUUAAGCUCUGGUGAAAAAGGAAGUUUAGACAUAGUGCUUAAGAGAUUUCUAUUUGAUUAUCGUACUAUGAAGCAUUGUACAACAAGAGAGUCUCCAGCUAAACUUAUGUUAGGUAGAGAAAUGAAAACGCGGUUCGAUUUAUUAAAACCACCUUUAGUGAAAGACAGAGUGAGAGAAAAACAACUUAGUAACAUUCAAAACCAUGGGGGUUCUAGAGAUAUUAUUUUUACGGAAGGCACACCGGUCUUUAUCCGAGAUUUUUCAGACCCAAAUAAGGUAGGAUGGCAGGAAGCGGUAAUUAAGGAGCGUUUAGGUCGACGAACAUAUGGUUGCACAAUAUCAAGAACUAAUAGGGUGAUUAAGCGCCACGUCGACCAAAUGAUGGCUUAUAGUGGUAGUGCUAUAAAAAAUGACUUAACUACGAAGGAGUUGAACGGUGCUGCUGAAGAAUCAAGUCCAAAUGUAGAGUCAGCCGUCGCUACUACGGAAGGGUAUGCGACUGAGGAUGUAAAUGUAGGUAGUGGUUGCUCGCGUCUGCGAGAACGUAAAACUAAGAUUAAUUAUAAGGAAUAA